AUGCGAAUUAGCACGUGUGUCUGGACCGUCGUCCUGCUUCUCGUCCUAGCAAGUCAUUCCUUCGCUGUACCGUACGUUCUCACUCUUCGCGCUCAUCGGUAAAAUCCCGGCUUCUUCGGACUUCAAAAUAUCAAUAUUUAUAGCUCGUAAAUGGUUUUGGAACCCAAAGAUCUUUUAGAUAAAUAAAGGAUGAUGAGAAAAUGGGGAUGAUAUUCUGUUCUUAAACUUAUCUACGAUAGCGCUUCAUCAAAUUCCCAACUUCGAAUUAUUUUGUCUGAGCUUUGGUUUUCAUUUUUUUAAAUAAUUUUUAUUAUAAACAUGGGCAUAUUAGAAAAAUAAUGUUUCGUCAAAAGUUUGAUUUAAAACUUUUCAGAAAUGAACCGCCAAAAGAAGAUGAAGAGGAAGAUUCGUCGGUGAUCGAAAAGGAAGAAUGGUCGACGACCGGAAGCACCGUCGAGUCCAUCUCCAGGAUUAAGUCUGAGGUCCUUCUUGUCCAGUCGAGCGUUUGAACUUCUUUUUUUAAUAAUUAUUUUUCAAUUAAUGAAAAUCUUAUAAUGUUGUCUAAAGGAAGCUCUAAACCCAGAAACUAAUUAGGAGGAUUGUAUUAGUUAAGCUUCAGCCCCACGUUCCGAUCGAACAUCCGCAAACUUCGGACACGGAGAUUCUGGAGCGCCUCCUCAGUACUGGCUACGACUGGAGAGUACGGCCGCCUGGACAAGAUGGUUUAUCUUUUGUUUUCGAAGAAAGGGGGCAAUGGCUGAACGGGAAAUAUUGCGAUGUACAGCUCGGUAACUCUGGAUUUUCAUCCGUUCCUUUGCUUUCAGUUUAUGAAGGCUACUUUAUUGAUUCAAUCAAUCUAGAUCUGUAUCAUUAACUUCAUGUCCACAGCUCGAUUUCUCGAAUUUUCUGUACAGAAGUUCAUCUCCAAUAUUAAAAUAUACUCCUCAAAGUGAAAAAUGGUUUUACUUAUGAUCUAAACUGUGAGUUCUCUGAGGCUUCGAAUGAAACUGCAAGAGUGAGGAAAUCCUUUCUAGCAGAAGGAAGUUUUUUUUUCAAAUAUCUCAAGCCUAGAAAUUCAUCCAAUUCUUUUUGUCUUUAUUUUUUCUCCACUCCUUUGUCCUAAAUCAAGCUCACCAUUUUUUCAUCAACCUAUUUCAGUUCACUGAACUUUUUUAAACUUGGAAAGAAAUAUGAAACGAUGUCGAGAAUUUUCUAAGAUUUUUGUUUUUAUUCAUAAAUGGGCAGACCAUUUUUGCGGCCGUCGACCCCUUCUUCCAAGUGGUCCCAAAUUAUAGUUGACACUAUCUCCCUGAAGCUGAAACUUGUACUAUUGUUGCCGAAAGUACCUCCCGAAGGUUGAAAAUUGAGUUUUGUACUGGCCCAUCUAGUGUUUUAUUGGAAUUUUUUUCUAACUAUAGCUACUAGAUUUAAUAAUUUUAGGUACAAUCAAUGGAGGCCCAGUUGUCGUUUCUGUUAAUAUGCUUGUCAGGAGGUCUGUUCCUUCUUCUUUCACGUAAAACCCCAUUUUCAGUAUUUCCAAAAUUGACAACGUUAACAUGGAGUACAGCGUUCAGUUGACUUUCCGUGAAAGUUGGAUUGAUUCGAGGCUCAGGUAGUUUUCCUGAGUGAGAAACAAGUUAGGCUUGAAUUUCAGUUACGGAGUGAAAGGAGAUGCGUUUCCAGAUUUCCUCAUUUUGACAGCCGGCCAGCAAAUUUGGAUGCCUGACUCAUUUUUCCAGGUUCUUUCAUUCUGUGGAAAUAAGCGAAGAGAUGUUUCAGAACGAGAAACAGGCUUAUCGGCACAUGAUCGACAAGCCGAACGUUUUGAUUCGGGUUCAUAAGGUUGAAAGUCCUGUUUUCCCGGAAAAAUAAGAAAAUUGUUCAGGAUGGGACAAUUCUUUAUUCUGUUCGCAUUUCUCUGGUUCUUUCAUGCCCUAUGCAUCUCCAGGUAACUUGUUUCAAUCAAUCAAUCAAAAUGUUUUAUUUCUCACACACAAGUACUAAAUUUCACGAAAUAGAUGUAGGGAGAGUUUGGGAAAGAAAAAGAAUCUAGCGCUUAAACGAAUGAAAGUUAGAAAUAGCGAACACAAAAAAAAUGUUGAUUUUUUCCUGAGAAAAAUUGAAUGUGAGUUUGACACAUCACAAUAAAGUUUUUUUCAUUAGAAUCUGGAAAAUUCAUUGACCGCUCUUUUCCUAUACCAUUAGAGAAAAGGUUUGAGAGAUUUAUUCCUCCUAGAGUCAGUCAUGCAAAUAUUUCUUUGAGCAGUUUUCUUGACUGCGUGUAUUUCACUUCAUAUUGAAAAAAUCAAUGUUUCUAAAAAUACACUUUUUAAAAAUCUUCUUUUUAGCUUUAAAACCCCUUUUCGUAUAUUUUCACCUCCUCCAAAUCACGUUGUUAUUUCGAGUCCACCACCUCACCACAAAUUGUGCUUUUUUUGGGUUAAUCCAGAACCAGAGUACGAAGAAAGUAACGAAAUUACUUAAGUACUACCCGAUGGAUGUGCAGAAAUGUCUGAUCGACUUGGCGUCCUAUGCCUAUACCACCAACGACAUUGGUAGCAUCUUUAGAACUUUAUUUCGAUAACAAAAAUAUGCUCAGAAUACGUUUGGAAGAAGGAAGAGCCGGUGCAACUGAAGGCGGGUCUCGGCUCCUCUUUGCCUUCUUUCCAGCUUACCAACGUCAACACCACCUACUGCACCAGCAAGACCAACACGGGUACUUAUUCUUGCCUCAGAACGGUCCUUCAUCUUCGUCGGCAGUUCAGGUUCGUUCUAGACAUAAGAUGAGAAAAAGAAAGUGGUACGAAAAGAUCGCGUUUUUUUUUUUCAAAUCAAGCACGUCUUUUGAAAGGGCAAAAAACUGCGAAAGUUAUACAGUUUCGUAGAUCUUCAUCGCAAUCAAGGAGGAAAAUUGUAGUUUCAAAGUUCGGUCCAUUUCUCAUCAAACGAGUCUAGAGAGCAAAAUGAUUUUUUUAAAAAAUGAAUUUGUUUUUUUAAGUUACCGAGAGAACGGAAUGAAAAAAAGAUGAAACAAAUAACUGCAACCGACAGAUUUUUUUCAAAUUUGACAGGUUCCAAAAAAAAAUUUCGAUUUGAUCUGUGAAACGUGAGUCAUAAAUAUAAAAUUCUUCCAGUUGAACUUGGAAUCUUUGAAGAAAUAAUCAUCCUUAUUAGAGUGAAAAUAUUCUUCACCUUACUUCCAUCUAGAAAACGUACUUUCAUUAUACUCAGAGGCGAUUUUUAAAAAAAAAUUUUCCUUAGUUUUCAGUCGAAAAUUAUUUCAGUUACUACUUGCUCCAACUCUACAUUCCCUCUUUCAUGCUGGUCAUCGUUUCUUGGGUCUCUUUCUGGAUCGACCGGGUGAGAUUCACGUCGAAAGAUUAUCUAUUUUCUGAUAUCAGGCAGCAGUGCCAGCUCGAGUGACACUCGGAGUGACCACACUUCUCACUAUGACCACUCAGGUUAUCAUCCCUUUCAAAUUCAAUCAAUGCAACUUGAAAUACUCCAGUCCUCCGGCAUCAAUGCGAAAUUGCCGCCUGUCGCUUAUAUCAAAGCGAUCGACGUUUGGGUCGGAGGUGAAACUUUUAUAAAUCAGAAAAAAAAAAUAACGAAAGUUUUCCAGCUUGUAUGACUUUCAUCUUUUGCGCUCUGUUGGAAUUUGCGUGGGUAACGUAUAUUGCCAACAAAAUGGAUCAGAAGCGAAGUUUGUGCAUUAGUGAGCAAAAUGAAAUUCAGAUGAGAAUAUCUAGAAAAUCGCCAAGAGCGGGAGAAGAAGGAAGCCCCCUUGUUAAACAAUUCAAGGAAUGAGGUAACACUAGAAAAGGAGAUAAUUAUCAAUAAAGUUCUAUUUUCCAGAUCUGGGUACCUAGAGAAGUUGCUGAACAGGAAAGAGAAGUAAGGACCGUUCUUCUCAAUCGGCGACAGCAAAACGGAUUUUGGAGGCUAAACAACGAUUUUGAAGGAAUUUCUUAUUUUUGAAACUUCAGAUGGAUUGAAAAGAAAACGGAGUGGCAUGAUAAAGCGAAGAGAGCAGAUCUUGUAUCUAGUGAGUGGAAGUAUCAGAUAAAUCAGGUUAUAAUUCUCAAAUUGCAGGAGUUUUAUUUCCGGCGCUUUUCUUUUCGUUCAACUUGCUCUACUGGACGCACUACAAACAAACUGAAACGAGUGACUCAUGA